CCCAGUGGGUACGGCUGGACUGACUUUUGACAGUCAGCCUUCAGCUGCGGAGGGGGCUUGGCGGGGGCCAGCCGGGAAAGUUGCGUCGAGAGAGGCAGAGUUGAGCCGGGCCGAGCCGGCGCGGGGCAGACGGUGGCGGGCGCCCGGCGUGGACGCGGCGCCCAGACUCCCCGCGCGUCCCGAGGGUUCCGAUUUGAAGAACUGACUUCUCAUCGCCCAUUGGGAUUAUGCCAGGCUUUCCUACCCAAUGUAUCUCUUGCAACACGCCGGGCUUCCUCUGCCUAAGCGGCCCUCAUCCUCUCCUCCUAUGUCAGUGGCCGCCAGGUCUACAGGAACCUUGCAGCUUCCACAGAAGCCUUUUGGGCAGGGCUCCUUGCCUCUGGCAGGGGAAGAGGAGUUAACUAAGGGAGGAGAGCAAGACCUUGCCCUGGAGGAGCUAUGUAAGCCUCUGUACUGCAAACUCUGCAAUGUCACCUUGAACUCAGCGCAGCAAGCCCAGGCUCAUUAUCAGGGUAAAAAUCACGGUAAGAAACUCCGAAAUUACUAUGCAGCAAAGUGUCCUCCUGCUGCCAGAAUGAGCAGCGUGGUGGAACCUGUGGCCACCCCAGCGGUUCCGGUCCCUCCACAGAUGGGCUCCUUUAAGCCGGGAGGCAGAGUGAUCCUGGCCACAGAGAACGAUUACUGUAAGCUCUGUGAUGCCUCCUUUAGUUCUCCGGCUGUGGCUCAGGCUCACUAUCAAGGGAAGAAUCAUGCCAAGAGGCUGCGGCUGGCGGAAGCUCAGAGUAACUCAUUCUCGGAAUCCUCUGAGGCGGGUCAGCGGCGGACCCGGAAAGAAGGGAAUGAGUAUAAGAUGAUGCCUAAUAGGAGGAAUAUGUAUACGGUACAGAAUAAUUCAGCAGGUCCUUACUUCAAUCCCCGCUCUCGGCAGAGAAUCCCCCGUGAUCUGGCCAUGUGUGUGACUCCAAGUGGCCGGUUUUACUGCUCCAUGUGUAAUGUCGGGGCUGGCGAAGAGAGAUGGAGUUCCCGGCAGCAUUUAGAGAGCAAGCAACAUAAAAGCAAGGUGUCUGAGCAGCGGUACAGGAACGAGAUGGAGAACCUGGGAUAUGUAUAGUGCUUGUUACAUUCAGAGAGAGCAGCUUUGCCUGCCUGGUGUUUUGCCUUCUGUCGACAUGCCCUGCUUUUGUGGUCCUUUUGAUAUAAGUACAUUCCUCUGCUUAAUGUUAAUAUAUGUAACCUGCAGUGGUACCGUGAGAUGUCAAAACUGGGGAAGGUAAAGAAUGUGCUUCUUAGGUCACGAUGCGUUUUUCAGGUCAGUUGUGUUGAGCUACUUAGAGCAUGUGACCUACCUACCCCAUGAGAAAUAACUUUUUAUCUUGACCGAGUUCUGGUCAACUAGUAGCUGAUCACUUAGAGCUUUAACUAUUUGAAAAUUUCACCUUCUUUUUGCAAUUUUAGUUUUAUGUACUGUUAAGAAUAUUUCUGAGUUCUUACUUCAGAUAACAGUGACAACAGGUAAGCAGAGAUUUUGGUUUCCCAAGGCUUCUUUGGAACCACCUCAACGCAAUGCCUUGUCAGUAGGAUAUACUGUUAUUGUAAACUGCAUUAGGGUCUUUCCCAGGACAUGUUUUCCCAUUAUCAUGUAUUCCCAUUAUUGAAAUGCAGAUUUUCAUGGAUUCAUACCUUCCAAUGUGCUUGUAGACUUCCAAAUGGUGAAAUUUCAUUUCCAGUCAUGGAUUUCAUUCAUUUAAAUGCCACCUUCUUCCUUUCCCCUCCCCUUGCCCCUCCCCGUCCUGGUUGAAUUAGCUUGUAAAAUAAGCUCAUUCUCAUGCCCCAGCCAUAUUAUGGGCUUUCCAAGCCCCCAUUCCAAUAUCCAGUGAGUGUAAGAUAGACAUGCUAUUUUUUACAAAGAUAUUUUUCGGAUGGUUUUAGAGCUAUUCACUGAUAAUAACAUGUACUUGUAUGAUGGUCUUGAUCCUAAAUUCAGUUCUCUUGACAUUGUUUUGGCAGACUUUUUUGAUAAACUGAUCCUUACAUUGUACAUUCUUUCCUGUCUUGCCAGUUUGUUGGCCGUCCUGAGAAAAUACUACUACCUUACUGUUUCAUAAAUAGAGAGGAAUUUAAAAAAGUUAAUCAAAUUUUAGUAGCAUCAUUUCCAAUAGUAAAAUACGUGAACUUUGGUUCUUUAUAAUUUAGCUUUCUAAAAGAUAAUAGAAAUACAUUAUGGAGUACUUUGGUAUCUGAUAAUUACAACAGUAUUAUUAUUUGUUUUUUUGUUUUCAAAAUAAGAAGCUCUAGUGUAUGGCUAGAUUAACUAAUGGAGUACCCUAUGAACUUUCAUACUUGUAUUUUAUCUACUUACUAUAGUUACAUGGAUAAGACUGGUGCUCAUCCAUAGUUCUUUUGAAAGGCCACAUUCACCAGGAAGUUUAUAUGAGUAGUAUCUUUGCACUAUGGUCAAUUCACAUUUGAUUGCUUACAUACUAAUUAAAAUGAAACUCCUUUUUCCCUUGGGAAUUCUAUAAGCAAAGAGAUGAGGAGAAGGAAAUUAAUCAUUGUCAUUCUUUUCCUUUAAUACUUAUGAACAGUUUUUGAGCAAUCUAGAUUAGGUAUUUAAAAUUCAGUUUUGGGAUUAACCUCUAGUUCAGUAUUCAAGUUGCCCUUCGGUUGAAGUGGUUUUUUGAAAAUAGUAGAAGUGUUUAGUAAUUUUUUUUCUCCCCAAAAUAGAAGAAUGAAAUAACGUUAUUGAGAUUCUAUCUAGACUUGUGACUCAUAGUAUAAUCCUUUUAUAUAAUUGAUUUGUUUAGGGCAAUUUAGAGCUUAUUUCAUUGGUCAGUAGGUUACUCAUUUUGCUGCUAAGUAUAAUUUUUUGGUAGAUUUUAAUAUAACAGUGCUGGCCACUUGGUUCUAUAAUUAUUUAAAAAUCUCAUUUUUCCCUCUUUCUCUUUAUGUCUCUGUGUGUGUGUGUAUG